UAUCCCGAAACGCAGCAUCCUUCCCUACAGUGUGAGAUAUCGCCAAUGAACGCACCACGGUAUGGCUUAACGUGUGGUGCUCCGGGCCAAACGGAAUCUUUUGUGCAUUUUCUAAUUCAUACCGAACAUUUACUGGGACGGCACCACAAUUUUGGCUAAAUCCGUGACCCACAAAUAAACACCCCGCGCGACCAACGGAAUGAUUUAACGGCGCGAGCGAAAUCAGCGAAUCGACUUCAUCCACUGAGAAGCCGUUUUUUGGGAUCGUAACCAACUGAAUGAAGACAAACGUGGGGAAGGAACGUUUUAUUGACUAAAUACGUGUGGUAAUCGGUAACGGUAGGCUGAGAAAUAUUAUAAUAUAACCACAAAACAAUCACCGAGGUCACGUUUAUUACUGUUGACAGGGGAAAUACCGUCGACGUUGUUGAUAUUUGCAUCCGUUGCUAAUAGGAAAACGGCAACUGAAUAACGUUAUUGUUUAAAAAUAUAGGGAAUGUAGUUUAAAUUAUAUGUAACGUAGACGCAUGAAUGAUAUUAGCAUAUUUUUGGUGAUCAUCAUUAUUCGCUGUUAGACAUAUGCCUUGAUGUUUGACAGUUGGAAAUUACAGACGCUUUAGCAAAAUAACAGAUGGCAUGAGCCAUAACUACAUCCGGUCAUAGUAAACACUUACUACAUGUGUUAGCAACUUCAUAUGCAUUUAUUUAAAUGAGACAAAGACACAAACAUUAAAUCCAAUAUUUAAGUUCAUCAUAUGGGUAGCCUGCUAAAUCUACAGUUGUUACUUUAUGUACAAUGCAAUGUAAAUAUCCUCAAAGCAUUCCUCUUCUUAAUUGGCUAUAAGCCUAUAACUUUAAGUUGAAAUUGAUUCCGAGAGAUCCAUCUUCACGUUGACACCCUAACAUAAGCAAUAACAAAAAAAGACAUAAGCAAUAAAUAUAAUUUAGAGGAGAAGGGAAUGUUUGAAUGAAUGUUUGCAUGAAGCCAAAGACACAUAAUCAUUAAGAAGAUUCAUUUUACAUUUCAAACUCACUGUGGAAAACAUUGCGUCACAUAAAAUAGUUUUUUUCUCAGGUUAAAUUAGCCAACCAAUGUUUAACAUAAAUGUAUAGCACAAAAUCCUUAGUUAAUGUCACUUGUCUUCCAUUACCUGCAUGAAUUUCUCAUUCUAAACUAAUCACAAACCUCAGCUCAGUCUUCCACUGUCCAAAAAACUAAACAAGAAAACGUUUAGUGAAUAUAUCACUAUAUAUAUAUUUUAGAAAUCAGAUUAGAUACUAAUCAAAGUAUUUUAUCAACAAAAAGUGUAUUAAUAUUCAUUAUUAAUAAAGUACUUGCUAACAUAUAAAUAGGUCAAGAAGAACAGUUACUGACUGAAACUUGAGUCUGGCAUCUCAGCUCUUUUUUCUUUCGUGGAGCACUGAAUACUCUGUGCCUGGACUAGUUAAACUGAUCACUUGCACAGAGGGCGUCACAUCUCUGAUACUCCCUCACUGGACUCGCUUUCUCCUCAUCACAACACUCAUCUCCCAUCAGACUAGAAGGACAGGAGGAAACAUCAUCAGGGUCUCAACUAAAAGUGAAGCCCACCAUCAUCUCAGUGUUUUCGGCGCUGUCAAGCUCAUCUGUUCACAGAUCCAGAAAACGUAUUUCCUUCGCAGAGCUCCUGUGUCGCUGUGGACUACUGGCCGAGACCUCCUGCUCUUCAGUUUGAGCCUGUGUUUUGUGUGUGUGUGUUUGUGUGUGUGAAAGACAGAGACACGACUCCGAAAGCAACGCCUAUCGUCUAUGAAGAUGUCUGCACUGCGGCUUCUGUGGGUCCCUGUGCUGUUGUGUGUAACACACGCUUGGCUCUGCCAUGGGGCAUGUGUGGAAGUGGACUCCGACAUGGAGGCAGUGAAGGGGAAAGGCUUCAAAUUGGGCUGUAUCUCUUGCAAGAUGAGAGGGGAAGUGCCGGCCUCUGCCACAGUGGACUGGUGGUUCAGGGCCAAAGGCGAGAGUGAAUUUGCACAUAUAUACAGUUAUGCAGAUAUGACAAGCUACAUAAUGGAUGACCGCUUCGAUGACCGCCUGGCCUGGAACGGCAGUAAAAAAACUGAUGAUGUGCAGGACGGCUCAAUUUUCAUCCUUAACGUCACCUUCAACGACACCGGCACCUAUCGAUGUUUCUUCGACCGCACCCUUGUCUUCCCCAAUUACGAGUACCGCACCAACGCCACCAAGUUUAUCAACAUCAACGUAGUAGGCAAAGCUACACGAGGCAUGGCAUCCAUCUUUUCUGAGAUCAUGAUGUACGUGUCCAUCAUCGGGCUGCAGUUGUGGCUGGUGGUGGAGAUGGUCUACUGUUACAGGAAGAUCGCAGCAGCUGGAGAGGAAGCACUGAGAGAGAGCGAGGCGGCAUAUUUAGCUAUAACCUCGGAGAGCAAAGAUAAUUGUGCAGGUGUAGCGGUGGCAGAAUAACACAGGUCCAAAAAAAGUCUCAAGCCAAAAGCAUGACACUCUGUCCAUCAUGGCCUCCUCUGUCACCCUCACCGGCUCGCUGUUGUGUACGACUGUGACAGAACCGCCAUUCUAAACCAUCAGGGAAACACACAGUCACACAUUACAUCAAAAGGAAAUGUUUUGUUUUAAGGCUCUAGAUGAGAACUUCGAGGUUAACGAAUGAAUGAUGCAUUCAUUGGUUCAAGCAUGAAUCUGUAACACUGAACAUGACUUGUACAUACGUGUUUUAGCUUUUAACACCUCUUUGCUUUUUCCACAUAAUGUGAACUCAGCUUUACAUGCGAUAAAAAUGAGUCACCACAGUAUAUCUACUAAGCAAGAGGACAUCACAAAUAUUAUAAAGUGUAUAAAAAAUCACUAGUAUAUUUAAAGGGGUGGUUCACUGGGUUUUUUCUAGGCUUGAUUGUGUUUAUGGGGUGCAGUC